GUUUACCUUUCGCCGCAAGGACGAGGCGUGACGUUCGCUUCCGUGUUCAUUUUGUUUGUUGAGUCAAACAUUUUACUUGCUAUUAUCGCGGCUAGAUUUAUCGUUUCAUGUAUCUAUCCUCCUUCGAUGAUAUCCAUCAUAUACCACAGCUGACAAAUUGCCACAGCUUACAGACAACCUGUUUACAUUUGUCACUUCUGUAAACACACGUCCAUAACACAUUCAACUCUGAAUGCAGCCAUUGUACAUGUGCUUGUUGGCGACUGUACACAACGCGCCCUCUCUAUUAGGGAGCCGACUGCGUAUCUUAUAACGACGAAAGCGGGUCAGUACUUAUCUAUAGCCACUGCCCGAGACGGAGCCACGGGGAUCAGGCGUCAGGCCCUCGGAAUGGGGAUCAAUCGGAUGAACUAACCCGAACAUCCAGACCUAUACACAGUCACAUUGGCGCAAGCCACGACCACGCCUCAAGGAGAACGCCCCCUCUUUAAGAAGAGUCAGUGCUGUGGAAGAGGACACUGUGGAAUCCGAGGUGACACAUGGACUGUUUACAUCGAGGCGUCAUCAUUGACAGUAUGGUCAUUAACAAUGCGAUGUUUUAGCAGCAGACGACAUUGUCAUCCCGAGCAGACGACACUGUCACAACACGCAGACGACAUUAUAGGAUACCCCUGCCUGUUCUCACUCUGAUGUCGGUAUGGGUGAAGGUACAGCGGUCAUGGCGGGCGCCCAGGGCCCCUUGUUCGCUUCCCUGUAUGGUGACCGUGAUCCUGUCAGCGUGCUGAUGGAGUAUGGCCAGACGAGGGAGGUCACGGUGGAGUUCACGGACUUCUCUCGCUCCGGACCAGACCACGCCUCUUGCUUCCACACCGCCGCUGUAGUAGACGGUGUCCAGCACGUUGACGGCGUGGGGUCGUCCAAGAAGGUGGCGAAGAAGGAGGCGGCUGAAAAGGCUCUGAAGACCAUCUAUGACAAGGGACGCAAGAAGUUGAAAGAAGCCAACUUUGAAAUGAACAACACCUUUGAAGAUCAGACUGACUUGAGCCACGCCCACAAGAUCAAACUUCUGACCCGCGGUGUGUUGGAGUUAGCGGAGGAAACACAACUGGUCUAUUACACCAAAGACAAGAUCGCAGCCGCCAUUGUUCUCGAAAUGCAUCAUGGGAGGUUUGUGGCUGUUGGCCUCGGAACAGGUAACAGAUGUAUACUCCAUCAACACAUGCUAGACGAUGGCAGCAGAAUCAUCCACUCACACGCAGAGAUCAUCGCAAAGCGAGCUUUCAUCAGGUACUUGUACAAGCAGCUGGAGAGGUACGAGGACCGGAGAGGACAUCAUCUGUUCGAGAGGAACCCCGUCACUGGGAAGCUGAAGAUCAGGGAUGACGUCAAACUUCACCUCUACAUCAGUCGGCCGCCGUGUGGAGACGCUUCCGCUUUCCCCACUAUAGGUAAUGGCCCCACUAGGAUGAAGGCUAUCAGAAAACAGGGGCAACUCCGGACAAUCAUUGAAGACGGCGAGGGUGCCAUUCCCACCGAUUCCUACAUUCCUGCUGGUGAGAGCGGAAGUGAGCGACUGCGCAUCAUGACCUGCUCAGACAAGAUAUGCCGGUGGAAUGCUCUCGGCCUCCAGGGGGCGCUUCUAAGUCAUUUUAUGGACCCUCUUUACCUGUCAUCAGUCAUUAUAGGUAGCUACUCAGGGGAUCAACGGGAGCACAUUCCACGCGCUAUUUACGGCCGACUCACAACCGGAGACCUCCGCCAGGACUUGCAGCCGCCGUAUCGUGUUAAUACGCCAGAGAUAUCAUACCCGGAUGCAGAUCUCCAUGACAACUACAACAUCAACAAAUCCCGCCAAUAUUACGUCACGUGGACAUUCGGUGACGCAGGGGUGGAAGUCAUCGAUGGAAUGACGGGCGCUAUGGUCGGAGGGUCCAUCUCUGCCAAAGAAUCCCGUCUAUCCAAGCAAUCCUUCUUUGCCUCGUUCCGGAGUCUGUGCCGGAAGUUCGACAGACAGGAUUUGCUGAGAACAACCUACAAAGAGGCCAAGCUGCUGUCAGAGGACUACCAGGCCUCGAAGAGCACCCUGUACCAACACUUCCAGACCUGCGGGUACGGGCCGUGGUACUCUGUGGAGAACAACUAUAGUGUAGAUAGUUUCUCAUAGGAGCAGAGCGGUAUAGCUGGUUCCAUAGUUGGCGCACCGCUAGCUGUAAAACUUCGAAUAGAUGCCGGGCCCAGUGCAGAGCACGUGAUCAAACACACAACGGCAACGUCUUGCCUUCAUCCUAACAAAAUGGGCGUGUUCGCAUUGCGCGGAAGCCCUGAUGGCCUCGAAUAGUCGGAGCAGAUGGCUCAAAAAGACGCCGUCCAGUGUGAAGAUCGCUGCGUUCAGGUUGUCUCGCCUCACCCGCCUCUCUCUUCACAUUAUCUAGUCCUUUUGCAGUUACUGAUUUUGAUUUCUAAACAGGUUAAUUUCAUCAAAAACAAAGUACAGUGAACUUGUUUUUGGAAACCCCAAAAUCUAAAAUGCUCUCUUUUUAGCUUUUUAGCUUUGAAUAUUAUAGUGGGGCUUUGGGGGAUUCAUGAUGGACUCCGAAGGCUCUCUCGAUAUUUUUAACGAAUUAAGAUCAAUAUUUAAACAACUUCAAAGUUUCGGCCUAAAAGUAGAUUUACAUUCGAUGAACGUUUAGCGAGGCUGGGAAAAGAGGCUUAAGACAAAUGGCGUCAGUGCUAGGUUUUACUCUCGGAAUUGUGCAAUAUUAACAUUUUAUCCCUUCCUACGAGAGCCACUACCUAAGAUGCCUGUUCUACACGCAAUAAGUCGGAGACUCCACGAGGAGGACAGAUCCAGACCAGGACGUCUAGUUAAACAGAGGCCCGGGGCGCUAUUCGAAGUUUUACCGUUUCAAGGUAGUAUUUCAUGUCUCUCCGCCAGGAACCUGUGAUUUGAAAAGAAAAAUUGUCAGUAUAUGUGAUGUCUUAAAAAUCUUAUUUAAUCAUUGAAAUAUUUUAUAUGAUUCUUGUGUAUAGCGUAAGGCAUACCGUUAUCUGUUAAUACCCGACUUUAUUGGCAAUGACAUUUAAUUACUUGAAACUGACUAUGAUAUAUUCAUGUAAAAUUUAAAUGGCAUGUUGUAUACUAAGCAGGAUCCAGGAUUGUUUGAGGUGGUAGGGGUGGGAGUAAUUUUUAUCGUGAGGGGUGGGUUUUUUACAAUCUGAAUUAUAACGUUUAGUGUGAACAGGUGGGGUCCACUUGGCAUAGACACGAGUAUUUCGAUAACAAGAAGGUGUUAAUACAAGAAGAUUAUUUAUUGACAUUGAGUUAAGAUGUUAAAAAGGGGAGCUCGGGGUCGAAACCCCUGCCCCCAUCCCUGUAUCUGCCACCAAUAACGAUCAACCUGUGUACAGAUCAAUAUCCGACUAGAGUUGCCGUGAUGUCAGCUUUUACUGCAAAUAACUUUAAGACAACUCAGACUUUGAUGCAAAUAUACUCCUCUAUUUUUGAAAGGAACAUUCAGAUAUGUCAUAUAUUUAAAUAUACACUUGACAUAUAGAGAAUCUCAACCGACUGUCUUUUGAUAUCAAAUAUAUCAACACGAGUUGAUAAAAGUGGAAAAAUUCCGAGGCUUGCCGAGGA